CAUAACGUAGAGAUAAUCCCAUCAAUGUCCUGUUCAAGCACCUGCAUCAGGUGCUGUGUUCAAAUCUGGGGUUUAAAGAAGCCUCUGUACUCUGUAAAUCCUGUCUAUUGUCUGUCUGCAUGGGAGGAGUCCAACACUCUGGGAUUAUAGGGUGUCAUGCAGCAGUUCUGGAUUAUACAGCAGGAGACAAUACUGCAGCAUAGGGAGACAGCAGGCGGAAAAGAGCAGUGGUCCUACAACAGCAUCUGGAUAUCUGAGAAACAUCACCUUUGGGCAUUUUUCCUGAUGCAUGCAUAUGGUUUUGAAUUCACAUCAUGCUGCUCACGAAAUUUCCGAUCAUCACUUUUUUCCUUCAGUUUUGUGGAAAUUUGUUUUCUCUGUAAUUUACCACCUUUUUGUGUUCUAAAAUCUUCAAGAAGUCGGAUUAAAACAGAAAGUAGAGCACCUUCUUGUGAGAAAUCAUGUAUUUGCACAGCGGAAAUAAUGCCAUCAACACAGAGAGGAGUAAGAAGAACAUAAAAGGGAAAACAUGGGCUCACUUGAAGACAACCCCACAUCAAGAGGAGAUCUUCACCCCGACGUCCCCAAAGAUGGGGAAAAAGGUGGAGACAAAGGAGAACACGGCAGAGGAGAAGGAGGCGAUGAAGCUCACUGCGUUUGGGAAGGCCUUUUACGAUCUGACCCAUUCAGAGAGGGUGAUGAAUGAUCUGACAUUUGGACGGCGGGUGGGGCUUUACGAGCUGAGAGGAGAGAUCGGCUCCGGAAACUUCUCCCAGGUUAAAUUGGGGAUACAUGACCUGACCAAAGAAAGAGUUGCAGUGAAGAUCCUGGAUAAAGUGCGUCUGGGCAAGCGAUCGCAAGCGCUUUUCGCCUCAGAAAUCUCUUGUAUGGAGAAGCUAUCUCACCCCAACAUCGUCCGCCUGUAUGAGGUGGUGGAGACAUUCAAGAGGCUCUACCUGGUGAUGGAGUAUGCCAGCGGAGGAGAGCUGUUCACCCGUAUCAGCACCAGGGGGCGCCUUUCAGACUUGGAGAGCAAGCUUGUGUUUUCGCAGGUCCUGUCUGCAGUCAAAUACAUGCAUGCCAAUAAUAUUGUCCACAGGGACCUGAAGGCUGAGAACAUCUUCUACACCAACACCUACUGCAUUAAAGUGGGUGACUUUGGCUUCAGCACAUCUUGCUGCCCCAGCGAUGUCCUUCACACGUUCUGUGGCUCUCCACCGUAUGCAGCCCCUGAGCUGUUCAAAGAGAAAGGUUACACUGGUCAAUAUGUAGAUAUGUGGGCACUGGGUGUCUUGCUUUACUUCAUGGUGACGGCCACUAUGCCAUUCAAAGCUACUAACACGGGCAGGCUUAGGUGUUGUAUCCUGCAGGGCUCCUAUGCCAUUCCUCAAUAUGUACCCGGAUCAUGCAAGGAGAUCAUUACGGGCCUCCUGAGGCAGAUUCCCGUGGACCGCCUCACUAUAGAGCAGAUCACGGACAGCGACUGGAUGAGAGGUAUCGAAUACCCCGAGGCCUACGUAGCUUGUCGCCCUACACCCUACCACCUAGUCGAGCCUUCCCACAUCCUCAGCUCAGAUGAACUGAAUGUGAAGGCAGCGCUGGAGGAUCUUGGCAUCACCAAAGUCCAUCUCCUCAACAGCAGCCUGGACUUGAAAAGCCCCGUUACUGGAGCUUACCGGAUUCUGCUACACCGCAUCCAAAAGAGGAGGUCGGUGGAAGCUGUGGGCUACCACCAGACCUGCACCAAAGAGUCCAAGAACAGACUCACAUGGAGAGCAGGCUCAGAUAACCUGCUAAACACACACCACUCUGUAGUCUGUAUUAUCAUGUAGUUUAGUUUCUUAAAAGAGUAGUUCAACAUUUUAGGAAAUAUACUUAUUUGCCGUUGGUGCUAGUUGGUGUAUUUUUGAUCUUUGGAGAGAGCCAGGCUGGCUGUUUACCUCUUCUUCAAGUCUUUCUGCUAAGCUAAGCUAAAUGGAAGGAUAUCGUUUUUGUUUAGUUUCAGUUUACGACCGUAGUUUUCACUGCUUAUUUUUGUAUUAGUUUCAGUUUUAGUUUACAAUAAUAACCCUGCUUCUGACACCAGCUUCAUACUUCAGUUCUUUUCAUCUAAAUCAUGGAAAGAGGGAGAAUAAACAUAUCUCCCAAUAUGUUGAACUAUUCCUUUAAUAGUUUAUCUUUGGUUUCAGCAAGGUUAAAUGGGCAGAACCUGAUUUUGAAUGGCUCUCAUGCUGUGGAAGUACAUUGAUGAUAAAUGAUUUGCUGUCACGCUAAUGCAGGUCACUGUGAAUGAAAGCGUAGACCCUUUGGCAAACUCUGUGACCAUACUUGGCACUCUGUUGUCCAUUACAAAAACAUCCAACGUUUUUAUAGAGUUAAGCCAACUGAGCAUGAAAGACGUUUCGUAUGAGUACUGAUGACGACCCAGAGAUUCCUCUUUCAGUGAGACCACAGGAAUGUGGAAACAUCAAAACCAUGUUUUUUAUAAAUGAGAGAAAUGUCAAUCAGAAAAAGGUUAAUUUUAGAAAAUACAUUUUAGUAUAUAUAUAUAUAUGUAUAUAUAUCUUUUUCGAUCCUUUAUAAUUUUCAGUGAUACAUUUCCAUAAAUUCUGAAAGGAAAUAUUUUUUAGAAAGAAACGUGAAAAGUUGACCUAUCAGUACAAUAACCUUUCAAUAAAUAAUAAUAAAUUAGCAGGAAGAGAGGUUAUUAAUUUUUUCUGCCAGUUAUGCGUUUUUCUAAAAUAAUUCAAUGGAUUCCAUUGGGUUUUCAUUUUUCUUUCUUGCCUGUUUAUUUCAAAGAAAAUACAUGAUUAAUAUUGUAGACAUAAUAAUGUGGAACUUCCCUAAAAUGUCCUGACAGAUCUUUCAUACAAAGGGGUGUGUGGAGUUAAUAUCUGAAAGCAAAUGAUUUGUGUCUAUUUUAUUUCUGCAAAAUUGUGAUUUUUUUUGCUCUUGUAUCUUGUUUUAUAUUAUAUGUAUAGUAUUUUUCAUUUUAAAAUUAUAAAAAUAAGCGUAUAAAUGUAAAUAUCUUCAUUUUUGAUCUCAAGACAUUUCUUGAAACCUGUGAUAAACUGAAUGUAACAUUGACCUUUAAGAAUGACAAACAACUCACCACAUUCAUUAGAGUUAUAAAAUACAUGGUCACAUGUUAGCACAAUAUAAUAAUAUCGUUAUUUAUGAUCCUGCAAUUACAAUAAAAAGAACACAGCUGUUUUAGGUUAAACAGUGCAAAAUGUUGGACCAAUAAAUAUGAUGUUAUUUUCAAAUA